GGCCCCAGCAUACUUGCUUAGCCUAACGCCAUUUUUGAGCAAGGCCUGAAAAGUAACUAAAGGUCAGAAAAACAACUUGUACCCUGGAUAAGAGCCAAGUCAGCAGGCGUGUCGAGCUCGGGGAAAAACCACGAGCUGUCCUGAGUUUGAACCUGGCCUCAUACGAAUCGUCCAAUCAGAACCCUGUAAACUAUGCUUCCUGCUUCUGUACCCGCCCUUCCGCUGCCCAACCCUAUAAAAACCCUCCACUCCAGCCCGUCGGCGCGCCAGUCUCUUCAGCCUCUGGAGGGACUGUAUCGCCCCGGGUACCCGUGUUCCUGAAUAAAGCCUCUUGCUGUUUGCAUCUGACUUGUGGUCUCGGUGUGAUCUCUGGGCGAGGGUCUCUCCAGAGGGAAGACUCCAGACGGGGGUCUUUCAUUUGGGGGCUCGUCCGGGAUCGGAGACCCUCGUCUCGGGACCACCGACCCACUGUCAGGAGGUAAGUUGGCCGGCCAUUGUCUGUCUGUAUUGUCUCAGUCUGUUUGCUCGUCUUUCGUGUUCGUCGGGCGCCCAAAGUCAGGUCUGAGUCGGUGGGGGCUGAAGGAGCUGACGAGCUCGGACUUCGCCCACCGAAACCCUGGAAGACGUUCCACGGGUAUCUGAAGUCCCCUCUGGGGCACGGAAAGUCCCCUCUGGGGCACGGGAAGUCCCCUCUGGGGCACGGAAAGUCCCCUCUGGGGCACGGGAAGUCCCCUCUGGGGCACGGAAAGUCCCCUCUGGGGCACGGUUUUUCGGGGCCACCCACGCAUCAGAAGGAUACGUGGUACUGGCAGGGGACGGAGAAUUCAAACACUCCGCGUCCCCAUCUGAGUUUUUGCUUUCGGUUUUACGCCGGAGCCGCGCAGUGAAAAAUUCUGUGGUCUGUCUUGUCUGUUUGUUUCUCGUUGUGUGUUUAACCCUUCUUUAUUUGGAGACCACCAUGGGACAGGCUGUCGCCACCCCAUUGAGCCUAACCAAGGACCACUGGUCCGAUGUUAAGGCCCGAGGAAACAAUGAAGGUGUCAUUGUCAGGAAGAAGAAAUGGAUCACCUUCUGCAAGGCCGAAUGGGUCAUGAUGAAUGUCGGCUGGCCGCGAGAGGGAUCUUUUAACCUCUCUCUUAUUUCGCAGGUGGAGGGUAAGGUUUUCGCCCCUAGCCCUUAUGGGCAUCCCGACCAGGUCCCAUAUAUCGCCAUCUGGAGAUCACUGGUCGAGAACCCAUUUCCAUGGGUUAAGCCUUUCCUUCCGCAGCCCCCUCCAGUCUCUGGGCCUUCUGCGCCCCCCAACCCGGACUCCUCCCUUUACCCCGUGCUCCCUCACAAGGAGACUCCUAAGCCUCCAGUCCUCCCCCCAGACCCCCAUACCCCCCUUAUAGAUCUCCUGACGGAGGACCCACCACCAUAUCGAGCCGGACCACCUGGAGAGCCGGGCCCCCCUAUUGAGUCCAGGGCCUUCCCGCUCAGAGAGGGGCCGAAUCGCCAGUUGCAGUACUGGCCCUUUUCAGCCUCAGACCUCUAUAAUUGGAAACAACAUAAUCCCCCUUUCUCCAGGGAUCCUGUUGCCUUAACCGGCCUAAUUGAGUCCAUCCUAGUGACUCACAGGCCGACUUGGGACGACUGUCAGCAGCUCCUGCAGACCCUCUUAACAGUAGAGGAGAAGCAGAGAGUUUUCCUGGAGGCCCGGAAGCAGGUUCUGGGCGAUGAUGGGAGGCCAACCCAACUCCCAAAUAUCAUCGAUGCAGUUUUUCCCUUGACCCGCCCAGACUGGGACUUCAAUACACCUGAAGGUAGGGAGCAUCUACGUCUCUAUCGCCAGUUGCUCUUAGCGGGUCUCCGAGCGGCCGCCAGAAGGCCUACCAAUUUGGCUCAGUUAAGGAAUGUGAUACAGGGAAAGGAAGAAACACCCGCUGCAUUUUUAGAGAGGCUGAAGGAGGCUUAUAGGAUGUACACUCCGUAUGAUCCAGAAGACCCAGGGCAAGCACCAGGUGUCAUUCUAUCAUUUAUCUAUCAGUCUAGCUCAGAUAUCAGAACUAAAUUGCAGCGGCUGGAAGGUUUACAGGCGCUAGGUUUGCCAGACUUAUUGAAGGAAGCAGAGAAAGUGUUCAAUAAGAGAGAAACUCCUGAGGAGCGAGAGGAAAGGAGAUGGCAGAAACAAGAGGAAAGGGACAAGAAACAGCAUAGGGAGAUGAAAAAGGUUUUGGCCGCCGUUGUGUCUCAGGGACAGCGGAGAGAGGGAGAUAGGUCGGGAGAGCGAAGGAGGCCACCCCUUGAUAAAGAUCAAUGUGCUUACUGCAAGGAGAAGGGACACUGGGCCCGAGAGUGCCCCAAGAAGCCACAAGGACCCCGCCGGCCCAAGCCCAAGACCGUAGACCUCCUUAGUCUGGAAGACUAGGGGAGUCGAGGCCAGGAGCCCCCCCCUGAGCCUAGGAUAACACUCAAGAUCGGGGGGCAGCCCGUGACCUUCCUGGUUGAUACUGGUGCCGAACAUUCAGUCCUAACCCAUGCCGGAGUGCCUCUUAGCCGGCAUUCUGCACUGGUGCAGGGGGCAACUGGAAACAAGAGGUAUUAUUGGACUGCCGAGAGAAAAGUCCAACUGGCAUCAGGGCAAGUAACUCACUCCUUUCUGCACAUACCUGAAUGCCCCCAUCCGCUGUUAGGACGGGACCUAUUAACCAAAUUGAAGGCACAAAUCUAUUUUGAUGAGAAGGGACCGAGGGUCACGGGUCCUAAAGGAGACCCUCUACAAAUCCUUGCCCUCAGUUUAGAAGAAGAAUACCGUUUGUUUGAACCAGAACCCCCGGAGAAAUCACCUGAGGAACUACAGAACUGGCUGAGGGAGUUUCCUCAGGCCUGGGCAGAGACUGGAGGCUUGGGGCUGGCACACGAUCAGCCACCGCUGGUGAUCUCACUAAAGGCCUCCGCGACUCCCGUUUCAAUUAGACAAUACCCAAUGUCACGGGAAGCUCAUGAGGGGAUCAAGCCCCAUAUUCGAAGGCUCCUGGACCAAGGGGUGCUAAAGCCCUGCCAGUUCCCUUGGAACACCCCUCUCUUGCCUGUUAAGAAACCGGGGACAGGGGACUACAGGCCGGUCCAGGACUUGAGAGAGGUCAAUAAGCGGGUGGAGGACAUACACCCCACGGUGCCCAACUCCUAUAACCUUCUGAGCACCCUCCCACCAACCCACGUCUGGUACACUGUGCUAGACCUGAAGGAUGCCUUCUUUUGUUUGAGACUGCACCCUCAAAGUCAAAUGCUAUUCGCUUUUGAAUGGAGAGACCCAGAAAAAGGGCUUUCGGGACAGUUAACCUGGACCCGGCUCCCUCAGGGCUUCAAAAAUAGCCCAACCCUCUUUGAUGAGGCCCUACAUGCAGAUCUGGCCGGAUUCCGGGUCGAACACCCAACCCUGACUCUGCUCCAGUACGUGGAUGAUCUACUCCUGGCGGCCAGGAGUCGAACCGAGUGCCUGGAGGGCACUCGAGCCUUAUUGGCCAGACUUGGACAAAAGGGCUAUAGAGCCUCAGCCAGAAAGGCUCAAGUAUGCCGAGACAAGGUUACCUACCUGGGCUACACCCUGAGCGGGGGACAAAGAUGGUUAACAAGAGCGAGGAAGGAGAUGAUAAUCUCCAUCCCUCCUCCUCGGAACCCCCGCCAAGUUCGAGAGCUCCUGGGUACGGCUGGGUACUGCCGCCUUUGGAUUCCUGGCUUUGCCGAACUGGCAGCCCCAUUGUACCCCCUCACUAAACCAGGGGCCAUGUUCCAAUGGGAAGAGAAGCAUCAGAAAGCGUUCCAACAGAUCAAGAAGGCCUUACUCGAGGCCCCGGCUCUGGGUCUGCCAGAUCUAACCAAGCCCUUUGAGCUGUUUGUGGAUGAGAACUCAGGUUUUGCCAAAGGGGUACUGGUGCAAAGACUGGGACCUUGGAGGAGACCUGUAGCGUACUUGUCCAAGAAAUUGGACCCGGUGGCUACAGGAUGGCCAUCAUGCCUCCGCAUGGUGGCAGCCAUUGCCGUAUUACUCAAGGAUGCCGGGAAGCUGACUCUGGGACAGCCGUUGACUGUGCUGGCCUCCCAUGCAGUGGAGGCCUUGGUCCGACAACCACCGGACAGAUGGCUUUCUAACGCCAGAAUGACUUAUUAUCAGGCCUUACUACUGGACUCAGACCGGGUAAAUUUUGGGCCGACAGUUUCCCUUAACCCUGCUACCUUGCUGCCACUGCCUAGCCCCUCCGAGGAGCAUGACUGCCUCCAGAUUCUAGCAGAAGCACAUGGCACCCGCCCUGAUCUGACAGAUCAGCCGCUUAAGAAUCCAGACGCUGUCUGGUACACAGAUGGGAGCAGUUUCCUGGAGGAGGGGAAACGCAGAGCCGGGGCAGCUAUAACCACCGAAUCGGAAGUGGUAUGGGCAUCGUCACUCCCGCCCGGGACAUCGGCCCAGCGCGCAGAACUGAUUGCGCUCACCCAAGCUCUCCGGAUGGCAGAAGGUAAGAAGCUCACAGUUUAUACUGACAGCAGAUAUGCCUUCGCCACUGCGCAUGUCCACGGGGAAAUCUACAGACGGAGAGGCCUGCUGACGUCCGCGGGUAAGGAAAUCAAAAACAAAAAAGAGAUCCUAGACCUCCUAAAGGCCCUGUUCCUCCCGCUCCAACUCAGUAUUGUCCACUGCCCAGGGCAUCAAAAGGAUGACUCUGCGGUAGCCAGAGGGAAUCGACUGGCGGAUCUGACUGCCCGAACAGUGGCUUCCCAGCCAGCAGGGAGCAGCCAGUUGAUGGCCAUACAAGAACCACAGCCUGAGAGAGACCCCGUGCCCUAUAGCCCAGAAGACCAUGAGCUAGCAAAGAAAAUGGGGGCGGACUGGGAACAAGGAAGACAAGCAUAUAUACUAGGGGACCGGAUGGUCAUGCCAACCUCCCAUACCCGAUACAUGCUGAGAUUCCUCCAUGCUUUGACCCAUUUGAGCAAAAACAAGAUGAAGACCCUAUUGGACAGAGAAAACACCUGGACAGUGCUGCUGAACCAGGAUCAGGUACUCCAGCAGGUAACUUCUACCUGCCCAGCCUGUGCUCAAGUCAACGCAGGAAAGGUUCAUCUAAACAAGGGGGCCCGCCAAAGAGGUCAUCGUCCUGGUGUUCAUUGGGAAAUAGACUUUACAGAAGUAAAACCCGGACUCUACGGGUACCGGUACCUCCUGGUCUUCGUGGACACUUUUUCUGGAUGGAUCGAGGCAUUUCCAACCAAGAAUGAGACGGCUAACGUGGCAACAAAGAAACUGUUGGAAGAAAUCUUCCCCAGGUAUGGGAUGCCUCAAAUAUUGGGGUCGGAUAACGGGCCUGCCUUCGUCUCUCAGGUAAGUCAGAGGGUGGCCAAACUAUUGGGGGUUGAUUGGAAACUCCAUUGUGCAUACCGUCCCCAGAGCUCAGGACAGGUAGAACGAGCUAAUAGAACAAUCAAGGAGACUUUAACCAAAUUAACACUUGCAACUGGCACUAGAGAUUGGGUGCUCCUACUUCCCUUGGCUCUCUACCGAGCCCGAAAUACUCCUGGCCCACACGGCCUAACCCCUUUUGAGAUCAUGUAUGGGGCCCCACCUCCUGUUGUAGACUUUCUCCAUCCUGAUAUUUCCUCCUUUGCUACCACCCCUACUUUAGAGGCACAUCUUCAAGCCCUCCAACUGGUGCAGAGGGAGAUCUGGAAGCCCCUGGCCAAGGCCUAUCAGGAGCAGCUAGACAAGCCGGUGGUGCCCCACCCCUUCCAGAUCGGGGACUCCGUUUGGGUCCGACGACACCAGACCAAGAAUCUGGAACCACGGUGGAAGGGGCCCUACACUGUCUUGCUGACCACCCCCACUGCACUCAAGGUCGACGGGAUUGCUGCAUGGAUCCACGCCUCGCAUGUGAAGGCUGCCAGGGAACCCGACCCAGCAGGAUCCAGAAAGUCAACAUGGACAGUGCGCCGCACACGAAACCCCCUAAAAAUAAGGUUGGCCCGCGGCUCCUCUUCCUCCCCCUCCUCUUAAUCUCUGCCUACCCCCAGGGGACUAGGGCAGCAGAGAGCCCGCACCUAGUUAAGAGGCUCACUUGGCAGGUUAUCUCACAAACUGGGGAGACGGUCUGGCAAACGACCGCCCUUCACACCCCCUUCACAUGGUGGCCCAACUUGCAUCCAGAUCUCUGCCAACUAGUAGCAGGGUCAGGGGACUGGGACAUCCCUACCACUGACCCCAUGAACCCCAGAGCACCAGACGUCUGUCAGGAUGGUAAGGGAACUUGCAAAUGUAGUGAUGGGAGAUAUGGAUGUGGUCACCCUGAAACCAGAGCAGCCCUGUCACAACUAUCCUUUUACGUCUGCCCCCGGGAUGGUAGGGACAGAAAGAUGAUUAGACAAUGUGGGGGUUAUGAAAGUUACUUCUGUAAAGCAUGGGGAUGUGAAACAACUGGUAAUACCUAUUGGGAGCCUUCAUCCACUUGGGACCUCAUUAGGGUAAAAAGGGCUACCCAAAGAGAAAGCCACUCAUGGCGUCCUCUUACUCAAGGACGUUGUUGGGGAACUGUCACGUCAGGAAGAGAUAACACUUACUGGGAAGGGGGG